CAUAGUACACUAGACGGGGGGUCUGUGUAGUGCUAAAGUUUUUUCACAUAACCAGAAUCACCUCCUAUUUUACACCACCCAAUCAAUUGCUCCGGGUCGGGUAGACACUCUAGAAAGAGGGGUUUAGAGGGUUCCUAAAUCGACGCCGAUCAUUGUCCAAUCUGAUAUGUUUGCUUCUUUGGCAAUUUGCUAUUCUCGUUGGAGAAAAUGAAAUUCAUCUAAAAUCGUACACUUUUAUAUGAUGGGUAGAUCAAAUUCGACCCCUGAAGACUGCAAUCUCUUCUCAGCAGUUGAAAUUCAACACCAGAAAAUGAUAAUCCAGAAUAGUUAUAAUGAAAAGCUUGUUGGCAUAUUGCAUGAAACGGGCUCAAAGGAGGUUGUCAUCGUGUGUCAUGGUUAUAGAUCCUGCAAGGACAGGAUCCCUAUGGUAAAUCUUGCAGCUACUUUUGCGACAGAAAGAAUUAGUGCCUUUCGCUUUGACUUUGCUGGCAACGGAGAAAGCGAAGGUUUAUUCCAGUAUGGCAAUUACCAUAGAGAAGUUGAUGAUCUGCGGGCUGUGAUCCAAUACUUUGAACAUGAAAAACGCUCUGUCGCUGCAAUUAUUGGUCACAGUAAAGGUGGGAAUGUGGUGCUUUUAUAUGCUUCGAGGUUUAAUGAUGUUCACAAUGUGGUCAACAUUUCUGGGCGGUUUGAUCUGAAAAGAGGCAUUGAGGGCCGAUUGGGUAAAGAUUACUUGCAGAGAAUUAAAAAAUAUGGAUUCAUUCAUGUUGCCAAUAGAAAGGGGAACAUAGAGUAUCGUGUGACUGAAGAAAGUUUGAUGGACCGUUUAACUACCGGCACAUGUGCAGCAUGCCAAUUGAUUCCCCAAAAUUGCAGGGUGUUAAGCAUCCAUGGUUCUGCAGAUAAGAUUGUACCAAUGGAAGAUGCCAUGGAGUUUGCAAAGCAUAUAUCAAACCACAAAUUGCAUAUCAUCACUGGAGCUGAUCAUGAAUACACCUGCCAUCAGAAUGAGCUAGCUUCAAUUGUGCUUGAUUUUGUCAAAAGCGGUUCUAGUCAUGACAUGGCAACAGCAGCAAAGAAGUCACUUCGUUCAAGCUUAUAACUUUUUGUUCAAAAAAACAUGUUGAUAGAAACAGAAAGUCAAAAGCCUGAUUCGAGAUAGCCAAAAUUUCCAAUUAAAAUAGGUAGAACCCUAAUUGAUAAACAAAAACAUCAACCCUAAAACAAGAAAAACAAUCUGCUAUUAAUACUAAUUCCUAAUACAACAGUUUCCUAGUUAA